UUCGCACAAGCAGCUGUCUGCCAGUAGAGUAAACAUUGUCGGCACAUUUUUCGCAUUUUCUCAGAUCGCCGAUGCCGAAAUAGUUCAAAAGAGUUUAAAUUAUGUUCAAAAGUGUACUCUCGGUUUGUGCAAACCAUUGCAAACCAUCUUUGCUGGUGCGAAACUAUGGCAAACAUAACAAGAAGUUUCUGUACAAGGAUGGUGUGAAGGUGAACAACAUAUUCUACUAUCCGAGGGAAAAUGAUGCACACUCACUGCCCGAGACCGGUGAACCAUCGAAGCUUUUCCGAGUUCGCCGGAUUAAACCGGUCAAAGGGUGCCCCCACUGGGAGAAGCGAAUCCUGAGAGACUUGGGAUUGUAUGAGUCCAACGCGGUGGCAGUGGUGAAAAAUAUUCCCGAAAACAAUGCCCGUCUGUGGAAAGUUAAACACCUGAUUGAAGUUCUCCCGAUCAGAUUCCCCCAUGGAGAACCCACAGAGGCAGAUGUUAACUACACUUUUCUCAAGGAAAACGGAGAUUGCGUCGUGGUGAAGGAUAUAACAUCCCGUGCGGUCCGUGAUGAUCGCCUGGAAUCUGCCGUACAGUUUACAAAGACCGAAGAAAGGAUGGACGGUGAAACGUUACGGAAGGAUUCGCGACUAAAGUGGCUCAAUCCGUGGUAGUGGCCAUUGGAAUCGACGUAAGCUAAGUAUGGUGAAAAUCAAUGUUCUGGUUACAUCAA